GGGGGCGGUGGGGAGCGGGCCGGGGGGGCCGUGCUGGUGAGCGGCGCCAGGCGGUGCCGGACGAAGGGGCCAUCGCUCCUCGGCUGACCCCGUGCCCCCCUCCCGCUCUCCCGCGGCGCAGGGCGGCGGCGCGGGGCCAUGAGCCGGGCGGAGGCCGAGCCCUGCUCCCGGGCGCUGGCGCAGGCCCGCGUGUACCUGGGGCAGCUGCGUAGCCGCGUCAGCCCGGCGGGCCCCGAGGGCGGCGGGCGGCGGGACUACCUGGUGGAGGCGGCGCGGCAGCUGCGGCUAGCGCUGGAGCGGGACGUCAGCGAGGACUACGAGGAGGCCUUCAACCACUACCAGAACGGCGUGGACGUGCUGCUCCGCGGCGUGCAGGUUGACCCGAAUAAAGAGCGUCGGGAGGCCGUGAAGCGGAAGAUCACACAGUACCUGAGGCGCGCCGAGGAAAUCUUCAACUGCCACCUCCAGCGGGCUGCAGGGGGUGGCAACACCACUGCCACGGGCUAUAGCAGCCUGCGCUUCCGGCCCAUCAGGACGCUGAGCUCAGCAGUGGAGAACCUGAGACGGUGUAAGGUUGUGGGAGUGAUUGAUAAGGUGCAAAUCGUCCAGGAUCCGGCCACUGGUGGGACCUUUAUACUUAAGAGCCUCCCCAAAUCCCAUGUUGAGACCCGUGAACGACAGACCAUCAUCCCUCAUGGGGUCCCCUUCAUGGUCAAGCUGUUGUGCUACUAUGUGAGUGAGGACUCCAUCUUCCUCCACCUGGAGCACGUGCAGGGGGAGAAGCUGUGGUCUCACCUCCGCACCAAGUACUGCGUCCAGGAGGACUCUGCUGAUUCAAACACCAUUCAAGCCCUGAGGGACCGUGGCAGAGAGGAUGGUGUGGGAAGCUCCCAAGGUAGCAGCCAAGCUUGGUUAGGCAGUGGCCUCCCAGGCUCUGUGACCCACCGAAACACUGAUGCCUCACUCCGUCAGGAGCAGUCCUUUGGGCCCACAGAUCCCAGCUCAGGAAACCACCGCCAGCUUCUCCUGGCUCCUGCCAGCAGCAUGAAGGCAGCACCUGGAGGACAGGAUCCAAGCAUGACUGUGUCUGGUGUCGUGGACUAUUUUCCAGCAGCAUCAGCCAAAUGCCCUGGCCAGCAAGGUGGCCAGGGCCUGGUUGUCUACCUCUGGGAUGAUCUAACCAGCAGCACAGGCUGCGUAUCGGAGAGAACAGCCUCCCAACAAGACUCCAGGCUUCCCCAGGCCCUUGCCCCUGGAUCAGAAAGAGGGGGCCAGCCAGGGGCAGGGGAACCACUGUCUCAGAAAGUGUCUGAGGUCUCCUGGGCUCAGCCCCUCCUGAUCUUGGGUCAGAGGCAGCUUCCUGCACGAGUUGCCCUGUCCAGCUCUGGCAAGCCCUGUGGGCCUGACCCAGCAGCGUGGGAGCCCUCACGAGAAGCAAGCCUGACCUGUGGCCGGCUAAGCAAGCAACAACCAUCAGGACCAUGCAGGGCUUUGGCUUCCCACAGGCAGAACCAGAGAGCAUGGGCUGUGAAGGAGGAGCAGGUGCAGCUGUGGGCAGCAGAAAUCCUCCUGGCUUUAGAGGGACUUCACCAACAGGGUGUGUUGUGCCGGGACCUCAACCCCAGGAACCUGCUGCUUGAUGCAGCUGGUCAUGUCUGUCUCACCUUCUUUGGCCAGUGGACAGAGGUGGAGCCCCAAUACUGCAGCCAGGCACGGGAAGAGCUGUACAGUGCUCCAGAAGUUGGGGGGAUCGUGGAGCCCACUGAAGCAGCUGACUACUGGAGCUUUGGCUCGCUCUUGUAUGAGUUGCUGACAGGAGUGCCACUCUCCCAAAACCAUCCGGCGGGGAUUCAGCCUCACACCCAGCUGCAUCUGCCACAGGGGCUCAGCCUGGCUGCUACAUCGCUGCUCACUGAGCUCCUGCAGUACAAUCCAAAGCAGCGCUUGGGCUCCGGAGGAGGUGGCAUGGCCAAGCUGAAGUCCCAUUCCUUCUUCAGCACUGUCCCCUGGAACAAGCUGGUGAGCUAGGCAGGCUGUGCUUCCCUUAGGGAGCUGGGCACCAAGCCUCUGUCCCUGGCACUUGUGACCCCAGGUGGCACUGGCAGCUCUGCCUGCUGGGGAAAGUUUGCCUCAAGGGCUGCCCUGGGCUGGGGUACACAUGAAGUUUUGCAGCCUUACGUGGCCUGUCUCUGCUUGUUUGUUGGCAUCUCCAAAGAGGAGGCUGCAGGCUGGGCCAGGCUGUCUUCUCAUCCAGGUCCUCCCUAGUGGGAAAGUGAGCCCAGGUGCUCACCCCCAGGGAGAGGCCGUGUGCCCCUUCUGGGGCAUCCCUUGCUCAGCUUAGCACCGCACCCUGGAACUCCCCAUUUUUUAUCUCUGCUGCUACCACAGUGACCUUCCUGCUCUGUUAUUUUUUGUGGCUUUCAAAUGCAGCCCCCCUGGGCACUGCUGGCUGGAGCCCGAGCUCUCUGCCCAUCCCUUACUGCAUGUGUGUGUGUGUGUGUGGGUAAUGCCUGCUGCAGGAGUAAGAUGGGAGGGAACCCUCUGCUCUUCUCCCCCUCACCCUCUGAAAAAAUAAACCACUCAUUGCUUGAA